AUGGGUGAAAAUGAGUUGAUUUUUGGAAUCCUUGAUCCAAAAAUAUUACAAUCACCAAUAUCUUUACAACCAGGCCUUAUUUCAAGUGCGAUAGAUAACUAUGCAUAUUCAGAUUCAAUACCUCCUCAUUUUGUGAAAUUAUUUACUUUUAUAACGAAACAAUUCCAAGAAAUAAAUGACUUAACUGUACUCCACAAAAUAGCAGAUAUUUUAGGAAAUAUUGCUGGCUACAAACUUGGUAUGAAUGCAAGGAAUGUAAUCGCUAUAUGUGAAAAUAUAAUGAUUCGCCUUCUUUGUAGUAACGAUCGUAAUCACAUAUCGUCAUCAAUUAAUUUCUUUAGAAAGGUUGCUCGAGUUAUAGGUCCCAGAUUUGUAUUUCAAAAUUUUAUCUCUAAAAAUGUUGAUAAUUCAUCUGCGAUACUAGGUAUUUCUAUACUAUCCCACCAACUUAUUGCAGAUUUUCCGAGUUUUCCAUUUACAAUUGAUGAUUUUCAAGGGUGGAUUUUUCCAUUAUUCAAAGUUCAAAGCAUUGGCCCAGAACUUGUACGUUUGAUAAAACUUAGGAUACCCGAUUUUGAUUACUCCGAUAUUUCUUUUGUUUCAAGGCCACUCACAGUCCCAAUUUCUUCCUCUAGCCCACCCAAUCAAAGUAAUGCUACUUUUCAUCAAGCAACACCAAAAAAAUGUCCAGUACAUCCUCCUAAAACCGCUAGGCCCAGCCCUUUGCCAAAGCUGUAUCCGAGAGGAAGUGCUCCACGAGUUUCCAUUAUUUGCGACGAACGAAGGCCUCCAAAAACAGCCCAAAGACAAAGCCAGCUUCAACUAAAAGAUACAUCUAUUAUCUACAAAAUGACUGGACGGCAGAAAGAAGUCAGAGAGUUUGUUGACAAUCCAUUUAAUGAAGAAGAAGAUGUUCAGACCAUUUACAGUAAAAGUAUAACUAAUGUUAGCAGUGAAGAUUGGGAAUUGCGCUCCCAAGGAUAUAACAACUUGCGCAGAAUACUUCGCUAUAGCAAUGAAACUUUCUCAUCAGAUGACAUACACAAGGUUGUUACUCAAUCUCUUGUUGACAUAGACAGCGUCAAAAGUGCUCUUUGUAUGUCCUCCGUGAGUUUCUUAAGCGAAAUUGUGGAUGUGAAAUCUGGCGAGAUGGAAUCAGAAAUUGGAAAGAUUAUUCCUAUUUUGGUGAAAAAAGUUUCCCAAUGUGGCCAAUUCCUGGAAAAAUCUCUUGAAGCCUUCUUUGAGAUUUGUGUCAACAAAAUUAAUGGAAGGAAGCUUGUUAAGUCAGUAAUUAGCCCUCUUUCACAAAACAAAAGUCCUAAAUCACAGCUUUGCUGUAUGAAGUUGAUAAAUGAUUCGAUAAAAAAAAAUUAUAGCUCAGGAGAUAUACUUUUCCCGAAAAAUUCAAACGAUUUAGGACAAAUUUUGAAUUUGCUUGUUCGAUUUAGCGAAGGAUCUACACAAGAGGUAAGAGACUCUGCAAAAAAGUCACUCCGAAUUCUCUCUUCGAUGUAUUCUGACUCUUUUCAACAGAUAGUUCAAAAAGCACUUUCUGUAACAGAUAUCUCUAUCCUCAAUAAAGUUAUAUAUAGUCAAUGA